UGGGUGGCUUUGGAGGAAUGGGUGGCUUUGGUGGCCCUGGUAGAGGCGGCCCUGGAAUCCAGCCAGUGCAGGUUGACCCAACCCUCCUACAGCCAGUCCGUGUUGAGAUUGAUCCCCAGAUCCAGCAAGUGAAAAACCAGGAGAAGGAGCAGAUUAAGACUCUUAACAAUCAAUUUGCCUCCUUCAUUGAUAAGGUCCGCUUCCUGGAGCAACAGAACAAGGUCCUCUCCACCAAGUGGGAGCUCCUCCAACAGCAAGGGCCGUCAGGGCCAAGGAAGAACCUUGAUGUCAUCUUUGAAAAUUACAUCCAGAACCUGAGGAGGCAGCUGGACUCAAUCUUGGCACAGAGGGGGCAGCUGGAGUCAGAACUGCAGAACAUGCAGCAAUAUGUUGAGGACUACAAAAACAAGUAUGAGGAAGAGAUCAACAGGCGCACAACUGCUGAGAACGAGUUUGUGGUGCUUAAGAAGGAUGUGGACUGUGCCUACAUGACUAAAGUAGAGCUGGAAGCCAAGGUGGGAGCUCUGACUGACGAAAUCAACUUCCUGAGGUGCAUCUACGAGGAGGAGCUGGCUCAGAUGCAGACAAUCAGCCGGGACCUGUCUGUGGUGGUGUCCAUGGACAACAACCGUCACCUGGAUCUGGACAGCAUCAUCGAGGAGGUCAGGCGUCAGUAUGAGCAGAUCGCUCAGAGCAGCAGAGCUGAAGCUGAGGCUUGGUACCAGAGUCAGUACGAACAGCUGCAGAGCACUGCCGGAAGGCACGGCGACAGCCUCCGCAACACCAAGAUAGAGAUCCAAGAGUUGACCAGGAACAUCCAGAGGCUGCGGGCUGAGAUUGAGAACGUGAAGAAGCAGAACCAGCAGCUGCAGGCAGCUAUUGCCGAGGCUGAGGAGCGCGGUGAGAUGGCCCUCAAGGAUGCCAAGAUAAAACUGGAAGAGCUGGAAUGUGCCCUGCAGAAAGACAAGGAGGAGCUGGCUCGCUUGCUGAAGGAGUACCAGGAGCUGCUGAACAUCAAGAUUGCGCUGGACGUUGAGAUUGCCAUGUACAGGAAGCUGCUGGAGGGAGAGGAGAACAGGCUGUGCAAUGAUGGCAUGUCCAACGUGAAUGUCU